AGGUGACACUGCCUUCACUGUAUGUGGGAAGGGGAGAGCAAUAGGCUGGAUGUGGCAUGGGUGGUGCUGGCAUAGGUGUUUGGUAGGGGAUGAGCUGAUCUUCCGCUGUCCAGGUCAGAAUCAGGCCAGUUCCAGCUGGAGAAACACCAGCACCAUCUUAAGGAACCUGAGCUUCAGCCAGCCAGAAUCUGCUUGGUCUAGAUUUUUGCUUAUUUUCUCACUUGCCAUAAUUUUUAAAAUAUUUUCAGUGAAAUUAAAUGUUUCCCUUAAAUUAAAAAGAGCCCUACAAACAAGCUUCACUUUUGUUUAUCUGACAUCAUCAAAUAAAUGUUCUCUGGGUUAAGGAAGGGGCCUCUGACAUAAUUUCUGUCCCGGAGCUGGGUCAGUGCUGGAACUCCCCAAAAAAGUGGGAAUGUCUCUCUUCCUCCACUUCUUUUUUGCUUUCAUACACAGGGCAGAGAAGUUCUGUGAGCCAAGAUGUUUGUUGCUUGAAUGUGCUGGAGCUGCCUGUAACAACAGAGCUGGGGCAGGGUGAGGUUGUGGGGAAAUAAGAAAUGAAAACCUUUUCAGCCCAAAAAAAUCAUACAAUGGCAAAAAACCAAAGCAAACCAAAGUUAAAUAUAGUGGGGCCUGUGAGUUCACUUGGACUUCUGGUGAAUGUUUGUGGUGGAAAAAAUAGGAUGUUUUAUAACAAAAAAAGAACAGAAAAGUGGUGGUGUUGAUGUGGUGCUUUGGGAAGAUUCUUGCUGGGAUGCUGGGGCAAGAAGAGGCAAUGAGAAGCUCUGAGGUGACUUUCUAGCUUACAAACAUUUGAAGAAAUAAGGUGUCUUUGAACAUGACACAUCAGCUGGAGCAGCAUGUCCCAGAAUAAUGUCUGGGAUUUACAGGUUUAUACAGGGUUUAUACAGGUUUUGGGAUAAAGUCACAAGGUGGGGUGGUCCCCAGUGAGGCUGGGGGUCAAGGAAUUUCCUUGGGGAUGCAUGGUUGGCCCGUGGCAGCAGGCAGGACUGUGGGAUGUAUGGAGUUGGGGUUGAUCUUGGCCUGUCUUCCCUCAUCAGCUGCACCUCUGUCUGCUGGCAGUGAUUCCCUUCCGUGGCUUCUGCCUCCCAAUGCCUGGGCUGGGAUUUUAAACAUGACAUGACAUGACAUUUUGUGUUUGGUGGGGCUGUGCAGGCAUUUUCCUUCACAGGAUGGGAGACCUUCCCCAGUAGUUCCUGUUUGCUCCACAGUUUUUAGCAGGUCCCCAAAUACACCUAGCAGUGACACCUGUGCCAUUUCCCUGCUUUGUUUGUCUCUGCCUGGAGCAGAUGGCUGGUGCCGAAGUCAUUGCCUUCUCCAGCACUGGCAUCAUUGCAAUGCCUGGGAGUGCUGCAGCCAAGUGCUGCCCAUGGGAGUUCAGUUUUGAAUGGCUCUAACAAUGCAGUUAGAGGGGACAAGCACUUUGCACUGGCUCCAGUGCCCAACGAGCACCCUUGGUGAUGCCAUGCUGGAUACAGACACCCACCCAGGGAUGGGCACCAGGACAAACCCUGAGUCAGUGCUAAAGGGAAGCAGUUUUCCCCAGCAUCCCAGGUCCUGUGCCCAGGGAUGCAUGCCAAAAUUUGCUUUGCACAGAGCCAGGAUGUUCUGUCAGGGCUCAGGGCCAUUCACGACACAUAAUGAAUCCCCAGCGAUGCUGUCACCCUUUCCAUUUGUUCUCUCCCCAGACUCCAAAGUCUUUCUCAUCUACGACACGGGUGUGCAGGGCUGCCUGGAGACCAAGGACUCUGUGGUGCGACUGGCCAAGGGCUGCAACGCCAGUGCCCCAGCCCAGCAGUGGAAAUGGGUCUCCCGAAAUCGCCUCUUCAAUGUGGGGGCCAUGCAGUGCCUGGGGGUGUCGUGGCAUGGGGCCAAUGCCACGGCAGGGCUGCACCGCUUGGCCACCUACGAGUGUGACCGCGAGUCGGUCAACAUGCGCUGGAGCUGCCGUGGGCUCGGGGAGCAGCUCUCACAGCAUCUAGGUGCCCGCCUGGACAAUUCCUCCCUGGACAGGGGGGACCAGGCGCAUGGCUCACAGUGGAGGACAUAUGGCACCGAAGAGGAUCUGUGCUCCAUGCCCUACUCUGAGAUUUACACCAUCCAGGGCAACUCCCAUGGAAAGCCCUGCACCAUCCCCUUCAAGUACGACAACCAGUGGUUUCACGAGUGCACCAGCACGGGGCGGGAGGAUGGGCAUCUCUGGUGUGCCACCACCCAGGACUAUGGCAAGGACGAGCGGUGGGGCUUCUGCCCCAUAAAGAGCAAUGACUGUGAGACCUUCUGGGACAAGGACCACCUCACAAACAGCUGCUACCAGUUCAACUUCCAGUCAACGCUGUCAUGGCGGGAAGCCUGGAAUAGCUGUGAGCAGCAAGGGGCCAACCUGCUGAGCAUCACAGAGAUCCAUGAGCAGACCUACAUCAAUGGUCUGUUGACUGGGUACAGCUCCACGCUCUGGAUUGGGCUGAAUGACCUGGACAUCAAUGGAGGCUGGCAGUGGUCAGACAACUCACCCCUCAAGUACCUCAACUGGGAGAGUGACCAGCCUGACAACCCCAGUGAGGAGAACUGUGGGGUGAUCCGCACCGAGUCAUCCGGGGGAUGGCAGAACCGUGACUGUGGCAUCGCCCUCCCCUACGUCUGCAAGAAGAAGCCCAAUGCUACAGCUGACCCCUUCCUGACGGACUCAUGGUCAGAGGUGAAAGUGGACUGUGAGCCGAGUUGGCAGCCUUUCCAGUCCAACUGCUACCGGCUGGUAGGAGAGAAGAAGAGCUGGCAGGAGGCGAAGAAGACCUGCCUGCGGAGUGGGGGUGAUCUGGUCAGCAUCCACACACUCUCUGAGCUGGAAUUUGUCACCAAGGAGAUCAAGCAAGAUGUGGAGGAGCUCUGGAUUGGUCUAAAUGACCUCAAGCUGCAGAUGAACUUUGAGUGGUCAGAUGGGACGCCCGUGAGGUUCACGUACUGGCACCCCUUCGAGCCCAACAACUUCCGUGACAGCCUGGAGGACUGUGUGACCAUCUGGGGACCGGAAGGGAGGUGGAAUGACAGCCCCUGCAACCAGACCCUGCCAUCCAUCUGCAAAAAGCCCGGUCGAGUGAGCGAGGAGAAGGAGGAGGAUGACCACGGGUGCCGAAAGGGCUGGAAGUGGCACAGCCCGUCCUGCUUCUGGCUGGGCGAGGACCGUGUCUCCUACAGUGACGCCCGCAAGACGUGCUCUGACUACAGCUCCACACUGGUUACUAUCACCAACAGGUUUGAGCAGGCAUAUGUGAGCAGCCUCAUCUACGGCUGGGAUGGGGAGUAUUUUUGGACAGCUCUGCAGGACAUCAACGAGACAGGCGCGUUCCGCUGGCUGAGCGGUGAUGAGGUGAUGUACACUCACUGGAACCGCAACCAGCCCGGUUACAACAAGGGUGGCUGCGUGGCCCUGGCCACCGGCAGCUCCAUGGGGCUGUGGGAAGUGAAGAACUGCAGCAACUUCAAGGCCAAGUACAUCUGUCGGCAGAACCUGGGCACCCCAGUCAAUCCUGAACUGCCUGGUCCUUUCCCCACACCCAGUCUCACUGCCACCUGCCCCCAAGGAUGGAGCUCCGACCCCAAACUCCGUCACUGCUACAAGGUAUUCAACUUUGAAAAGCUGCAAGAGAAGAAGACAUGGAUUGCUGCACAGGAAUUCUGCCGGGAGCUGGGGGCCCAGCUGCUUAGCCUAGGCAGCUACGAGGAGGAGCAUUUUGUCGCAAACACCCUCAACAAGAUUUUUGGGGAGUCAGAACCAGAGCUCCACGAGCAGCACUGGUUCUGGAUUGGCCUGAAUCGGCGGGACCCUGCUGGGGACCAGAGCUGGAGGUGGAGCGACGGUCUGGGGUUUUUCUACCACAACUUUGACCGCAGUAACUAUGAUGAUGACAUCCGGAGCUGUGCUGUGCUGGAUCUGGCCUCCCUGCAGUGGAUGCCGAUGCAGUGUGAAGCCCAGUUGGACUGGAUCUGCAAACUGCCCAAAGGUGCUGAUGUGAAGGAGCCAGAGUUCACAACCCAAGGCAGCAAAGAGUGGGUGAAGUACCAGGAGUCCGAGUACAAGUUCUUUGAACACCACUCAACAUGGCUGCAGGCGCAACGCAUCUGCAGCUGGUUCCAGGCCGAGCUGACCUCAGUGCACAGUGAGGCUGAGCUGCACUUCCUGGGCCAGAACCUGAAGAAGUUCUCCAGGGGCCAGGAGCAGCACUGGUGGAUUGGGCUGUAUACCUACGAGAACGACGGAAGGUUCAAGUGGUCUGAUGGGUCCCUCCUCAACUUUGUCUCUUGGGCACCGGGCAAGCCUCGACCCAUCAGCAAGGACAGGAAAUGUGUGUACAUGACAGCCAGCCGAGAGGACUGGGGGGACCAGAAGUGCACGACAGCACUGCCUUACAUCUGCAAACGGAACAAUGGGACAGCUGUGAAGCCUUCCCUCUCCCCGGUACCUGCUGCCACGAGUGGGGGCUGUCCCCGAGGUUGGCUGCCCUUCCUCAGCAAGUGUUUCAGCAUCAAUGGCCACAACAAAGGUGAGGUAGUGAAGUGGACAGAGGCGAAGGAGGUGUGCGAGAGCCAGGGCGCCAUCCUGGCCACCAUUGCCAGCCCCCUGGAGCAGGCCUUCAUCACUUCCAUGCUGCCCAACAUCUCCUUUGACCUCUGGAUUGGCCUGCACGAUGCCCAGGGGGAGUUCCAGUGGGUGGAGGGGGAGCCGCUGCGGCAUGUGAGCUGGGCACCUGGAGAGCCCUCGGGUUGCAGCUCCUCCAGCCCCCGUGACAGACCGACCAACUGUGUUGUGGUGUGGCAUGGCUCACCCCCCCUCUUCACGGGACGCUGGGAUGACCGGAGCUGCCUGGAGGAGAAACAUGGCUAUGUCUGCCAGCGGAGCAUAGACCCAUCCCUGAGCCCUGCGCAGGCAGCGUUCCCGCCUUCUCCUACCGGCACCCUCUUUUACCACAACAGCACUUACCGCAUCCUGCAGAAACCCCUAAGGUGGCACGAGGCGCUGCUGCUCUGUGAGACCCUCAAUGCCACCCUGGCCACCAUCCCCAACCCCUACAGCCAAGCCUUCCUCAUGCAGGCUGUUAGUAGCCUGCGGGCUCCACUCUGGAUUGGGUUGGCUAACGAUGAGGGAGGCCGGAGCUACUCAUGGCUGACAGAGGAGAGCCUCAUCUACACUAACUGGCAGGAUGGGGAGCCCCAGCAGAUCACUGGCUGCUCCUACAUGGACCCGGAUGGGAGCUGGCGCACAGCUGGCUGUGACACCAGGCUGCAGGGGGGCAUCUGCCAGCUCCAAAGAGGUCCGCCACGCACGCACAAGUGGAGCUACAGUGGCAGCUGUCCCAAAUCACUGGAGGACUCAUCCUGGAUCCCCUUCCGGGACCACUGCUACACCUUCCACAUGGAGAUCACCCUUGGGCAGAAGGACGCCAUGAGGAGGUGCCAGAAAGUUGGCGGCACAGUGUUGUCCAUCCAGGAUGAGAUGGAGAACAUCUUUGUAUGGGAGCAUCUCCAGGCGUACGAGGGCCUUUCCAAGGGGGCCUGGCUGGGCAUGACCUUCAACCCCAAAGGUGGCACCUUGGUUUGGCAUGACAACACUGCCGUUAAUUACUCCAACUGGGGCCAGCACGACACGGGGCCCAGCAUGCUUAGCCAGAACAGCUGCUACUGGAUCCAGAGCAGCAAUGGCGUGUGGCGUCUAGGCUCCUGCACAAAUGUAACCAUGGGGGUCGUUUGUAAGAUCGCCCGAGUGGAGGAGAGCAGCUUUUCCAGGGCAGCUCUGCCAGAGAAUGCAACAGCCAUUGCAGUGGUCGUGCUGUCGACGCUGGCGCUGUGCGCCGUGCUGGGGGUCGUCGUCUUCCUGUACAGGCGCCGGCAGAGUGCGGAGCGCGGUGCCUUCGAGAGCGCUCGCUACAGUCGCACCGCCUCCAACCCCAGCGAGUCUGCCGAGAAGAACAUCCUGGUGUCAGACAUGGAGAUGAACGAGCAGCAAGACUAAUGGCAGAGGGGAUGCUGGGGAUGGGGACCUGGGGAGGGGGGAGAAUAGAGAGCAUCACACAUGCUAUCCCCACGGUGCAUGGGACAGGGGUGGCAGCGGGACUGGUGUGGCAGGGCAGGGAGAGGGGCUAGGGUCAGGAUUGGGGUCCAACCAGAUGGGCAGGAAGAGGGAGGCAGAGUCCUUCCCACCCCGCAUGUCACUGCUGUCACCUCUGGGCUUGUCCCCAGCUGCUGGGAUUUUGCCUUCAGCAGCUGUGGAGGCAGUUUCAGGGAUAAAAAGUCUCAAGGGAAGUUGCUGCAAAAGUUUGAGAGCUUUCCAGUGGCAUGAACAGGUUCCAAGACACCUUUGCCUUGAGAGAAGGCAAGCAUAGGCAUUCAGGCCCUGCAAACAGGUUCUUCCACCCAGGAACCAAGUUGGUGUCCACAAAGACAUCCUCCCAGUCAAGAGGUCUCCAAAGGCAAUCUACCUCCCCUCUGUGUGCAGCAGCAAGGACCCUGCCAGCUCCCAGCCCCACCACUGUGCCUCUCCUUCCCUCUCUUUGGCCUCAUCCCCUGCCUCCAGCAGAAAGCAGCAGAGACACUUGCAGCAAUCUGAGUGUGGACCCCCAGGAUCAGCGAUGGAAUCCCCCUCUCCUUCCUGGCACUCCUUCCUAGGUCUGUGUCCAGCCCCAGUGAGGCUGUGGCAGCUUCCUUGUUCUGUAAGCCAGAGCUUGUCCCAUUUUCUUUGGGGUGUGUGUGUGUCCCUCAAAUAACUGCAUGGGAGAGCACCACAGCAAAUUGCUGGCCCAGCCCCAGUGGUGUGAGCACUCUCAGCACCACAGAAGGAGUUGGCUGCUGAGGAAGGAGAUGCUGCCAGAGAUCUGGGGCCACCCUCUGUGGCUUGCUAGGCAGGGAUGGCAUGGGCUGGGGUCAUUUGCCACUGGUGGCUUGUUGGGCCAAGAAGGCCAAGGAUUAGUGCUGUAGGAUGGGGGGGAUUUGGUUGUUUUGAAGUUGGUGUUUUGUUGUUUUUUUAAGGAAAUGGUGGUAGCUUUUGUUGCUAUACUGUACUGAGUAUGUGCCGAAUAUAUACAUUUUUUCACGCAGCUGGCUGGGGUGUGUGUGGUUGCCUGUUUCCCAUGUAGGGUGUAGUAGAUGAGGAGAAGGGGGAAGGCAGUGUAUGACUAAUCCCCUGGCUUUUGAACUGUGCAGGAAGGAGUGGGGGUGCCCGGGGCUGAGCCAUCCUCCAUUAGCUGCAUGCAGCAACAUCCCUGGGAUGAAGGAUGCCUGGAGACAGUGAGAGUUGUUAGGUCACCAGCAAGGGUUCUUGCUAGGAAUGGGAUCCAAAGAGCCCCUUGGACCUCUGAAGUGGUGUGAUGCAGCCCUACAAGAGCCUUUAGCCCUCUGCCUCUGAGGCUUGAACUGGAGUUGGUUUUGCUGCAAGAACAGGAACAACCAAAUUUUUGUAAGUCUCUAUUUUUGACACCUGUGUGCAUUUUAAAAUCUGUUGAUUUCACUUAAGCUGGACAUUAAGUGAAUAAGAAACUAUUGGGGAGUGGGAUGGGAGAACCAGGUACCACUGGGGUUUUGUUUACUUUUUGGCAACCUACAAAAGCUGCCAUGACAUUUCAGGGUGAGGAAGAAUCUGGAGCAAAUGGACCUGCCCCAGCUCCAUUUCUCUCUCUCAGCUUUCUCUGCCUUUAUUUCUUGAGGUCCAUUCUAGUUUGGUUUGGAGCAGUUGAUUCUGACCAUGGACCCAUGCCUUCCUGAUGUGGGAGCAAGAUCCUGAAAAGCCGAAUGUGAAUCCCUUCUCAUCCCCAGCAGCUGGAAUUCCUGCUGUAGGGGUUCUUGGAAUAGCCUACUGAGCUGGAGGCUGUGCUGCUGGUGGGGAUGGAGGUCUAGGAUUAACUCACUCUGAAUGGGCAGAGAUGUUAGGAAGUCCUAACAGAUGAAAAUUGAGGUUAGGAUUGAUGGGUAGGUGUGAGGGAGGAGCAGAGCUGAGGGUGCACCUGGGGCUCCUUUGAAGUGAUGAAACCCUGGGCAGGGUGGGAGCAGGGUACCACGAGGCAUUGUGGUUGGGAUGGAAAUAGGUGGGGAGUAAUAGGUGCUGGAGGAAAUUCUGUGCCAUGGAGAGGCUGGGAAGGAGCUCCCACAGCCAUGCAGGAGGUGUUAAACCUGGCUCUCACACAGCCCAACCUGCAAGACCUUGCUUAAGAGAAUUUUCUUUUCAUCUUUUUUCUGGAUUAUUUUGUAUUUUUUCCUUCUUCUUUGCUAGUGAGUAACAAAACCUGUACAGUCUAGGAGAAAUGUUGUCUGAGAAGAGUUUUGUGAGCUGUUGGCAGUGAUCAGGAUUAUGGAGAAACGGAGAAACGCAUAUAUGGUUACGUGAUAUCUCCUGUCACCAUUAGAUAAUGUGAAGAAUUGCUUAACAGGAACCUGUCAAUUAUAUAUAUAUAUAUAUAUUUGCUUUUUUUUAAACUGUGGUUUGUAAGAUCAUUUUAGAAGCUUGGAAAUAAAAUUUCCUUCUCCA